AUGUGGAGUCCCCUGGUGGAAAUCAAUGUGGUGAGUUCAUAUGUGGAGACACCCCUGGUGGACAUCAAUGUGAAAUCCUUCCUGUUCCACGGGGUGUAUUCUGGUUCCAGUCGUGGCGUUCCGUUCUCCCUGAGGAACCGAUCCUCUGCCCUGGCCCGGGUCCAGUUUGACCUGUCAGAACACACUGACUUCACCAUCCACUUCCCUCCACACUCUGCAGGUACGAGCCAGGAGCCAGACGUGUUUGUGAUGGAUUUACAGGGGCAGCAGACUGCCCAGUGUUGCCUGGUGUUCUCCCCUAAACAAGUGGCAGCGUAUGACUUCAACCUGCCUGUGACGGUCAACGGUGUGGGCAUGCCUCCCUUCUCCUCUUCCUUCUCCUCCGCCCCUCCCAACUCUGUCCCCAAGUCCUCCUCUUCCCGGGACCAACACAUCGUCACCCCGCGCCCGCUGCCCAUCGCCAUGGAGACGCUAUCACGCAGGGUGCAGGCCACAGCCCUGUGUGUCCCGCUGGAGAUGUCCCCAUCAAGUCUCCAGUUUGAUCUGGAGCCCUUUAGCUCAGUCACUACUACCUCACAAACUCAGACCGUAGAGCUGAGGAACGUGUCUGACAAGAGGGUGAGCUGGAGGAUUGACUGCAGCGCUGCAGUAACACCAGGAGGGGGCAGUAGCACCAGCAGCAAUGAGGGACUGUUCACUCAUCACCUUCCUCCCCCUCGAGUCCUCCUCACCCCUGUCCCUCUGGACACACCCUCCACCACCACCCUCUUCCUGCUCCUCACCGGGUACCCCAGUGGUUCCUGUCUGCGUGUGGAGGUGGAGGAGAUGGUUCUGAAGGAUGGCAGUCGGGUGAAGCCCCUCUCAGUCAGCCUGCCCCACAAUGGCACCGUCCCUCCCCAGACCCACACAGAGCCCCAGACCCACUCAGAGCCCCAGACCCACACAGAGCCCCAGACCCACACAGAGCCCCAGACCCCCAUCAGCUGCACAGUGACCUUCUGCUCCCCUCAGCCCCUGGACCUCAGCUCACACAUCACAUUCCUGGACCACCUCAACAACAGGUUCAGGGUGGAGGUCUGUGCUACAGCAGAUAACAGUUUGUUGACAGUGUGGCCCUACCUGGCUCUGCACCGCUCUGAGCAGCAGAUAGUCCUCAAGACUGGUUGUCUGAGCGGCUGCAGCGGCGAAUCAGGGCCCUCUCAGAUGACAGGGAAGGCGGUGCUACAGCCAUGCUACUCCCCCAGCCCUCUCUCUCGCUACACUUCCUCCUCCUCCACCUUCGCUUUCCUCUCCUCCACCAGUAAUCACUCCACCUCUGACUCUGGAGACAGCAGGAGUAGGGCUGGGUGUGCAGGACCAGGACCUAGAGGGAAGGAGGACUGGCCCCAGAAGGAGACAGAGGGUGAGAGAGAGACGGAUGGUGUGACUGACCAGCAGCAGUGGCAGCAGCAGGGUAUACCAGUGUUUCCAGGGCAGGACUCAGAGGAGGGGUUGUACUACCACAGCAUCCUGCAGGCCGUACAGAAGUGGUUCAGUCAGUUUGGCUGGCCCCGUGGACCAAACCCCAUCUCUCUACCACGCUCUCUCAGAAGGGUGGUAUGUAGAGUCCAGACAGUAGACUCCAGCUCUAGUGAGUGGAGGAACUCGUACCUUAUGAGUCAAGGUAAAGACACACGGACCAUCUACGACAUGCUGCGUCACCUGAGUGGACAGACACUUCCUGGUGUGAGCACCAACCAAUCGCUGCCCUGCAACCUCACUGAGCGCGUGCAGCAGCUUCUUCACUGGAACACAGUGCUGCUGGCCUUCCUCAGGAGGCAGGGAGCCUGUCUGUCCCACAUCAGACCCCAGUACCUGUUAGACUCCCAGGAGUUCAGCCACUGGAGCUCUCUACAGGCCCAGUGUGAUCAGAGGGGGCUGGACUACAGCAGCAAGGUCUUUGAAUCCCUCAGUAAAAGGGCCUGGAUGGAUGUUCUACUGCAGACCUACAAGGUGCUAGUCCUGCCGCGGGUGACAGAGGGUCCCUUGUCCCUGGGCCUCCAGAGCUGUGACAGUGGCAGCAUGGAGCAGCAGGUCCCCAGGAUAGACCCAAAGCCCCUGACCUCUAACGUAGGAGGGGGGUGUUGA